AGCCGUCACGAGAAUAUGUCGAAUCUUGAUGUCAAUCAACUUCGGCCAAUUUGCCCUCCUCGGAGGCUCCGCCCUCCUUUCGAUACAAUCACAGCCGGGUCACUUCAUUUCAUCGCCCUUCCCCUCUCGUCUCCUCCGAUCUCGAGCUCGCAUUCUCUUGGGCAUCCAUCAUCCAUGGCUGCUUCACUUCUCCAUGUUCGCUUCACUUCUCCCUCCCUCCCUUCUCCCGUUCUCCGCCGGUCCUCCUGCCGCCCCGCCGCUACCCCGACGAGGAUCUACGCCAAGAUCCGCGAGAUCUUCAUGCCGGCGCUUAGCUCCACCAUGACGGAGGGGAAGAUUGUGUCCUGGGUUAAGUCGGAGGGAGACCGGCUCGCCAAGGGUGAGAGCGUCGUCGUCGUCGAGUCCGACAAGGCCGACAUGGACGUCGAGACAUUCUACGACGGAUUCCUCGCCGCCAUCAUGGUCGAGGAGGGAGGCGUCGCCCCUGUCGGCUCCGCCAUCGCCCUACUCGCGGAGUCCGAGGAUGAGAUCCCCCUUGCUAAGUCCCAAGCUUCCUCGUCGCCUUCUUCCCCUGCCAUUGCCCCUGUUGCUGACUCACCUGCUCCCUCUGAAGCGCCUACUCCUCCCCCAUCGCAAACCGUACCUCCUCCAAGGGCCUCUUCGGCAUCCGCUUCUUUAUCGGCCCACCCUGCAUCCGAGGGCGGGCAACGGAUUGUCGCCACACCCUUUGCGAAGAAACUUGCUAAGGAGUUGAAGGUAGAAUUGGCUGCAGUUACCGGGACCGGACCUCAGGGGCGAAUUGUGGCCAAGGAUGUGGAAGCUGCGGCAGCUUCUGGGUCGACUGUGCCGAGGGAACCAAAAACAGUCGCAGAAACUGGAGCGGCGAAGGAUCCUACUUCUCCGAUCAUCCAAUUGGGCACUGUGGUUCCAUUCACCACGAUGCAGGGUGCCGUUAGCAAAAACAUGGUAGAAAGCCUCUCAGUUCCAACAUUCCGUGUGGGCUAUACGAUCACCACAAAUGCACUUGACGAGCUCUACAAGAAAAUUAAAUCAAAGGGUGUCACCAUGACUGCAUUGCUUGCCAAGGCGACUGCUAUGGCAUUAAUUAAACAUCCAGUUGUCAAUUCCAGUUGCAGAGAUGGGAAGAGCUUUACAUACAACAGCAGUAUCAAUAUUGCUGUUGCUGUGGCUAUUGAUGGAGGAUUGAUUACACCAGUCCUUCAGGAUGCGGACAAGGUUGAUAUCUAUUCGUUGUCAAGAAAAUGGAAGGAGUUGGUUGAUAAGGCAAGAGCCAAGCAGCUGCAGCCUCAUGAAUACAAUACAGGUACAUUUACUCUUUCAAAUCUUGGAAUGUUUGGGGUCGACCGCUUUGAUGCAAUUCUGCCUCCUGGAACUGGAGCAAUCAUGGCCGUUGGUGCAUCUCAACCAACUGUUGUUGCUUCCAAGGAUGGCAGAAUUGGAUUAAAGAAUCAGAUGCAGGUGAAUGUUACAGCAGAUCACCGUGUCAUUUAUGGUGCUGAUCUCGCUGCUUUCUUGCAAACUCUAUCACAGAUUAUAGAGAACCCCAAAGACCUCACCAUGUAACUUUACGCAAGGAAAUUCCUGGAUGAUACACGGAAAAGAGAGAACCAUUUAGUAGCUGGUUUGUCAUUGUUUUUACGUCUUAAAAAGGCCAUCAAUUGCUCUGAUUUUGAAAUAUCAGUGAUCCCUGUUCUUGAUUUUUUUGCGUUGGUGCAUUCAAACAUUUGACAGGACACAAUAAAAUUUUCUUGUUCUUGGCAAUAA